AUGGAGAAAUUUCGUCGUCGCCAUGCAGAGUUACCCGCCAAUCUUUACCGGGUGCAGUAUCCCGGGUGCCAGACGGCACUUUCAGGCAACGGCCUGCAGGCAAAAGAGACCAACGUGACCUACACAGAGGAUGAUAUGAACGCCUUUCGCGAAUCGAUCAUCAAGCAGCUGACUUGGGGUCAUCGUGGAGAUCAGCCGUACAUCACAUGUUUCUCCGAAAAGGAUCACGCAGAGAAUUGGGCUUGCAAGGAGCCUUGGAACCACGGUGAAUACGGCAACGAGUCCUGGAGUCUCUUGACAAUCGACACAAAACUCAUGCCGGAGGCAUAUGUAUUUAGCCUCAAGGACUUGGUAACUCAGCUGGACCUUGCAUUACCGGAAAUGGCUUCUCAGCAUGUGAAAGGCGGGUAUCUGUGCCUUCACAGGAUCCCAACGACAGCUAUCGUCUACUCGGCAUCUGCUCGUGAAGUGAAAAAUGAUGUGGAGGAUCGGAAAUGGCAAGAGACAUACCAUCCGCUCGACGAUUACAGCGGCUCUGACCUAGAAGCUGCGGAGAACAACUGGAAUGACGAUAUUAUGAAGAUGGUCGAAGGCGAUUGGAACUGA